AUGAAUCAGAAGAUAGAGUUGAUAAUGAGUCAGAAGACAGAUGAUAAUGAAUCAGAAGAUAGAGAUGAUAAUGAAUCAGAAGAUAGAUAUGAUAAUAAAUCAGAAGACAGAGAUGAUAAUGAAUCAGAAGAUAGAGAUGAUAAUGAAUCAGAAGAUAGAUAUGAUAAUAAAUCAGAAGACAGAGAUGAUAAUGAAUCAGAAGAUAGAGAUGAUAAUGAAUCAGAAGAUAGAGAUGAUAAUGAAUCAGAAGAUAGAGAUGAUAAUGAAUUAAAAGACAGAGAUGAUAAUGAAUUAGAAGAUAGAGAUGAUAAUGAAUUAGAAGAUAGAGAUGAUAAUGAAUCAGAAGACAGAGAUGAUAAUGAAUCAGAAGACAGAGAUGACAAUGAAUCAAGUAAAUUGUCACUCAGUCUUUUUAAGUGA